UUAAAAUAAGUUUUUUGGUUACAUUAUUUAAUUAAUUUUAUUUGGUUAAGCACACCCUUAAUUAAGUGAUCUCCCUUUGAGGAUGUCCCAUGUUCCUAGCCUAAAUACAAUAUUAUACUACUAUUUUCACUCUAAGCACACACCUAACUGCUCCCCCUUUGAGGAUGCCCUAAUGACGAAGGCUAAAUAAUGCGUAUCAGAAGUUAUUAACAAUCCGACUCUUCGCUUAUCUCUCUCUCUGGAACUACCGUUUCUCCUCCCGCAGUAUCGUCAACUUUCGAACGAAACCAAAACCUUAAUUCACCCAAAUACACUCUUUUCAUUAACGAGAUAGGUUCAUUGGAAAAGACGAAGAGUAUUAGGUUUUUUUGUGGGAUUCACACCAUCGCUACUUACAGAUCUAGAGGACACUAAAAGAAACUAAAAAUUUCAGUUCUUCUCAUCUACCCUAUCUAUCAAAGUCGGUUCCUUUUCCCUUUGUUAUCUGCUGAGAAUCAAAGCCAAUGGAUUUCGAAUAAAGCAAAGACCUUUGAUUAACUAAUUUGAGUUUGAGACAAUAAAACAUCCAUUGAUCUAAGGAUAUGUAUAACAGUAAUAGAGUGCAAGUGUACCAUGAAGAUGUGAGGGUUGGGGAGAUGGAGAUACACCCUCUAAAGGAAGACGAUGUGAUGAAGGAGAGGAAGAAGAAAGUCAUGGAGGAAGUGAAGAUGGGAAUCAAAAUUAGCGGUUUUUCUCAACCAAGCAAGAGAUGCACUCCUCUUGCAGUGCUUACUACCAUUUCAUCUUCUGGACUUUGUUUCAAACUUGAAGCUUCGCCAACUCCUGCUGCUCAUGACCCUCUCAGUGUCUUCCACUCGUCGUGUCUUAGGGACCAGAAGACUGCAGUAAUGUCCCUUGGUGGAGAAGAGCUUCAUUUGGUUGCCAUGUGCUCGGAGGAUAUCAACAAUGACCGUCCUUGUUUCUGGGCGUUUACAGUUGCUCCUGGAACUUAUGAUUCCUGUCUUGGCAUGCUGAAUCUUAGAUGUCUGGGGAUUGUGUUUGAUCUUGAUGAAACACUCGUAGUGGCCAAUACCCUGCACACAUUUGAGGUUAAAAUGGAGGGGUUGCUCCGGAGAAUGAGCAGCGAGGUGGACCCUCGACGCCGUGCUGUUAUGGUGGCUCAGAUGAAGCGUUAUCAGGAUGACAAAAAUCUGUUAAAGCAGUACGUUGAAAGUGACCAGGUUGUUGAAAACGGGGAGGUGAUUAAAGCACAAUCUGAAAUUGUCCCUGCCUUGUCUGACAACCAUCAGCCUCUUGUUCGUUCUCUGAUAAGGUUGCAAGAGAAGAACAUUGUCUUGACUCGCAUUAAUCCAAUGAAACGUGAUACAAGUGUUCUUGUGAGGUUGAGGACUUCAUGGGAGGAACUUCGAAGCUAUUUGACAGCAAAAGAGCAGCGCAAGCGUUUUGAAGUAUAUGUUUGCACAAUGGCUGACAAAGAGUACGCAUUAGAGAUGUGGAGGCUCCUUGAUCCAGAAGGGAAUUUGAUAAACGCAAAUGACUUGCUGGCUCGCAUUGUUUGUGUGAAAUCUGGUUUCAAGAAGUCACUUUUCAAUGUGUUUCUCAAUGCCACCUGCCAUCCGAAGAUGGCACUGGUAAUUGAUGAUCGACGGGAAGUUUGGGACGAGAAGGAUCAACCGAGGGUGCAUGUGGUUCGUGCAUUUGCUCCCUACCAUUCUCCUAAAGCUGAAGCAACUGCAACACCGGUACUGUGCGCUGCCAAAAAUCUUGCUUGCGUUGUCAGAAGUGGAUUUUUCAAGCAUUUCGAUGAUAGUCUGCUACCAAGGAUUGCUGAAAUAUCUUAUGAGGAUGAUGUUGAAGAUAUUCCAUCACCUCCUGAUGUAAGCCAUUACUUGGUGUCUGAGGACGUGACAUCUGGUUUAAAUGGAAACAAAGAUCCACUUUCUAGUGACAAGAUGGCUGAUGCUGGAGUGGGGAGAAUACUGAAGGAGGCAAUUUGUGGAUCUUCAGCUGCCCUUCCGGCGGCAAAUACAGAUCCAAGAAUAGCUGCUCCCGUUCAGCAACCCAUUGCUUCUGCUUCUUAUGUUCCCGCUCCAGUACCAGUACCAGUACCAGUACCAGUACCAGUACCAGUACCAGUACCAGUACCAGUACCAGCACCAGUCCCAGUCAUGCAACAAGCACCGCAACCAUCAGCUAUCGCCUUUCCAAGCAUUCAGUUUCAACAACCGGCAAUAGUAGCUACACACUUGGUUCCCUCAGAGCCAAGUUUGCAAAAUUCUCCGGCUAGUGUGGAAGGUGAGGUACCUGAAUCAGAGUUAGAUCUAGAUACCAGGAGGAGGCUCCUCAUAUUGAAACAUGGACAAGAUCCCAGAGAUGCUGCUCCAAGUGAACCUUCAUUUCCAAAGAGACCGCCAGUUCAAGCUCCACCUCCACAUGUGCAGCCAAGACAUGGUUGGUUUGCUGCUGAGGAGGAGAUGGAUCCAAAAACAGAGAAUCCCGUUGGAUUACUGCAUGAGAUUGCUAUUAAAUGUGGAACUAAGGUGGACUACAAACCGGGUUUGGUUGCUAGUACAAAUAUGCGGUUCUCUAUUGAGGCUUGGUUUUGUGGUAAAAAAAUUGGAGUAGGGAUUGGCAAAUCGAGACGAGAAGCCCUGCAGAAGGCUGCUGAAUUUUCAAUCCAGAACUUAGCUGAUAUAUAUUUGUCUCGUGAAAAUGGCGAUGCAGGACCAAGUCACAGGGAUGCAGGCCCCCUUACUAAUCAGCCAUCUGCCGGAGAUGAAACAGCGAUGCCAGUUGCUACAUAUACAAGAUUAGAAGGCUCUAUUAGGCACAAUGGCUCCAUUCCUACGCUCAGGGAACUGUGUGCAUCGGAAGGUUGGGAGCUGUCUUUUCAAUCUCAGCGUCCACUUCAUUCUGACAUGGUCCACACUGAAGAAUUUCAUGCUAAGGUUGCAAUAAAUGGACGUGUUUUAGGGGAAGGAGUUGGAUCAACAUGGGAGAAAGCUAGAAUGAAUGCUGCUGAGAGAGCACUGGGUAAUGUGGGACCAUUGCUUCAACGACAAGUAUCUUCAAGAUCGUUCGGUGGGAAGUCAAACAAGCGUCUGAAGCCAAACUUUCAACGGUCCAUGCAACGGAUGGCAUCUUCAGGAAGAUCCUCUUAACAAAAAUCAUACAUUCUGAGUAGAAGCUACAGCUUGAGGGGCAAAGAGAAGACCUAAGCAUGCUUGUUUGGCUUCUUCUCAGGCUGUAAGUUUCUCCAGUAAAUAUCAGUAAAGUUGAUUUAGUUGUUUCCACAAAGCUUUUUCUGCAGUUUUACAAUUAACAGUCCCUGUGCUAUUAACUGUUUAGGCUUUGCCUGGUUCUAAUUUUUAUCAAAUGAGUAGCC